CUUCGCCACCACUAAAUCCAACCAAGCCCCAUACAUAAACAGCUCCCUAUCUCUCUCUCUUUCUCCUUGCUCCCAUUUCGAGCUUCUUGGGAGCUUCAAUGGCGUUGGCCUUAGCGAUUCUAGCUCUGUUCUUGCUCCUCUGUUUUUGCUCUGCUUUGCUUCGAUGGAAUGAAGUUCGAUACAGAAGAAAAGGGUUGCCCCCUGGUACAAUGGGAUGGCCUUUUUUUGGUGAGACCACUGAGUUUCUCAAACAAGGUCCUAAUUUUAUGAAAUCCCAAAGAGCAAGGUAUGGAAGCAUUUUCAAGUCCCAUAUUUUGGGGUGUCCAACGAUUGUUUCGAUGGAUCCUGAGGUUAAUCGAUAUGUUUUGAUGAAUGAAUCAAAAGGGCUUGUCCCUGGUUACCCUCAGUCCAUGCUUGACAUUCUUGGCAAAUGCAAUAUUGCCGCCGUCCAUGGCGGUGCUCACAAGGUCAUGAGAGCUGCUCUGCUCUCUGUUGUCAGUCCCACCAUGAUUAGAGAUCGUCUUCUUCCUAAAGUUGAUGACUUUAUGCGAUCCCAUUUGAGGAAUUGGGAUCAACAAAUCAUUGACAUCCAAGAGAAGACGAAAGAGAUGGCUCUACGGUCUUCUAUGAAGCAGAUUGCCGGAAUCGAGUCCGGUCCGUUAUCGGAAUCUUUCAUCCCAGAGUUCUUUAAGCUUGUUCUCGGCACGCUCUCGCUCCCGAUCGAUCUUCCCGGCACGAACUACCGCCGAGGAAUUCAGGCGAGGAAGAACAUCAUAAAGCUGUUGCAGCAGCUGAUAAACGAGAGAAGAGCCUCAGAGACACAAAAGGAUGACAUGCUUGGAUUCUUCAUGAGUGAAGAGAACAAAUAUAAGCUAAACGAUGAAGAGGUUAUUGAUCAAAUCAUCACAGUUUUGUACUCUGGCUAUGAAACUGUUUCGACAACAUCAAUGAUGGCUGUCAAGUUCCUCCAUGAUCAUCCCAAAGUUCUUCAGCAACUAAGAGAAGAGCAUUUUGCAAUCAGAGAAAAGAAAAGGGCAGAGGACCCCAUUGAUUGGGAUGAUCUUAAAGCCAUGAAGUUCACUCGUGCGGUGAUAUUCGAAACAUCGAGGCUGGCCACAAUUGUUAAUGGGGUUUUGAGGAAAACUACGAAGGACAUGGAGCUAAAUGGGUUUCUCAUUCCAAAAGGAUGGAGGAUUUAUGUAUACACCAGAGAGAUUAACUAUGACGCUUUUCUCUAUUCUGAACCUUUAACCUUCAACCCAUGGAGAUGGCUGGACAAAAACUUGGAGUCCCAUAAUUACUUCUUCAUCUUCGGAGGUGGAACCAGACAUUGCCCUGGCAAAGAACUGGGAAUUGCAGAGAUUUCUACUUUUUUACAUUACUUUGUAACUAAAUACAGAUGGGAAGAAGUUGGAGGAGAUAAGCUGUUGAAGUUUCCAAGGGUGGAAGCUCCAAGUGGGUUCCACAUUAGGGUUUCAUCAUACUGACUGAACUAAUUAAUAAUAUUAUAAAAAAAAGGGAGUUUGAUGUACAGUGGGAGAUGAUGAUAUAUGGGUAAUGUCUAUGUUAAAGAGAGAUUGAUGAAGGGAUGAUGAUGUUUAUAACAUUCUAACACCUUAGUGACAAAAGGAAUGAAAUUGAAUUUUCUCAA